AUGGCCCUCCUGGUUCUCACCCUGGCACUGCUGGCAAUGACCAUGGCCACCACGACCAUUGAGGAAAAGCCCCUGGACAUGGCCCUGAACUCCUUUGAUGACCAGUACCAGGGCUGUGGCCCUGCCAUGAAGGCGAAGCUGCCGGCUCUGAACCGCUCUGAGUUCCAGGACAAUUCUCUACUGGCCCAGGUCUGGCCAAAGGCCAAGGUCUGGUGGCAGAGAUGGGGGUCCCCUGUGUCCCCUCUGUCGUCCCCAGACCAGGCCAUCGCCAUCAAUGCCUACAACAUAAUUGACUUAUAUGAACCAUUCAAUGAUGAAGUGAGAGUGGCCGGGCGCUCUCCCCAGGAAUACCGGGACAAUUUCCACUUCAAAACGCUGCAUUUCCUACUGACCGAUGCCUUGGCCAUGCUGAGGGCUGCUCAGGGGCAGCAAUGUCGCUGUGUGUUCUGGGGGAUGGACAAGUACAAGUUCAAGGCAAAUGUUGACGACGUCGUCCGGUUGGGUCAAUUCGCGUCAUCGACUCUUUGUGAAAAUGGCAACGAAGGACUGGCGAGCACGACAGUGUUCAAGGUGCAGACGUCUCAUGGUGUGGCCAUCAAAGUUUACUUUGAAUAUACGUCACAGGAGAAGGUGCUGAUCCCACCCUUCGAGAAGUUCAAGGUCACCAAAGUCAUCGAGGAUUGGGAGAAGGUGGUGAUCCACCUUGACUCCAUCGGGACCUACAGCAAAUACAACUGCGAGUGGUUGACAGGUGGGAACAUCCCCAGGACUUCUGCCAGCUCAGAGGACGAUCACCAAGGCCACCAGGACAGCCAGAGAAACAAGACCACAAAGACUUCCAAGGCCACCACGGCCACUAUGGCUGCCUUGGCCAUCAUGGCCUCCAUGUGGUCACUGUGGUCACCACUGGCACUGUGA